CUCGGCUUUGGGCUGGCUGAAGUCUCAGUGUGAGGGCGGUCGAGGCGGCUGGCUCAAUUAAGAUGAGGCUUCUGCUGCUUCUCCUGGUAGCUGCGUCGGCGAUGGUCCGGAGCGAGGCCUCGGCCAACCUGGGCGGGGUGCCCAGCAAGAGAUUAAAGAUGCAGUACGCCACGGGGCCGCUGCUCAAGUUCCAGAUUUGUGUUUCCUGAGGUUAUAGGCGGGUGUUUGAAGAGUACAUGCGGGUUAUUAGCCAGCGGUACCCAGACAUCCGCAUUGAAGGAGAGAAUUACCUCCCUCAACCAAUAUAUAGACACAUAGCAUCUUUCCUGUCGGUCUUCAAACUAGUAUUAAUAGGCUUAAUAAUUGUUGGCAAGGAUCCUUUUGCUUUCUUUGGCAUGCAAGCUCCUAGCAUUUGGCAGUGGGGCCAAGAAAAUAAGGUCUAUGCAUGUAUGAUGGUUUUCUUCUUGAGCAACAUGAUUGAGAACCAAUGUAUGUCAACAGGUGCAUUUGAGAUAACUUUAAAUGAUGUACCUGUAUGGUCUAAGCUGGAAUCUGGUCACCUUCCAUCCAUGCAACAACUUGUUCAAAUUCUUGACAAUGAAAUGAAGCUCAAUGUGCAUAUGGACUCAAUCCCACAUCAUCGAUCAUAGCCCCACCUAUCAGCACUGAAAACUAUUUUACAUUAAGGGAUUUCUGCAGGAGCAGCGUGACUGACAUUAUGAAGGCCUGUACUGAAGACAGCAAGCUGUUAGUACAGACCAGAAGCUUUCUUGGCAGUCUCGUUGUACCUCUUGGAAAACCUCAAUGAAGAUAGUUUUUCAGUGCUGGCACAUUUUGGAAUUCUGCACAUUCGUGGAGUGCAAUAAUACUGUAUAGCUUCCCCCCACCCCCCAAAUUCAGCCAGUUAAUAGUUUUUUUGUUUUUUUUUAAUGUAGACAUUGCUACUUAUAACUUUUUUCUUAGUCAUAUUUUAAAAAGUAGAACGAGUUACAAUUUGAUUUUUUUUGCAAAGGUAUCUGUUAAAUCUGUUGUACUUUUAUAUGAAUUUUUGUUUUUUAUAGUUUAAAAUUGAUUUUUGGUAAUACAGCUGAAGUUCCCAAAUACUUUAUAAGAGUUUAUCAGACAUCUCUAAUUUGGCCAUGUCCAAUUUAUGUAGUUUCAAAAUACUGCAGAUUGUGAACAGUGCAUUAUAUAAUAUUAUGGGGGGAAAUCUUAUAUCCAGAUAUCCAGAGUACUCUACCAAUUAGUGUGUGUGUGUUUGUGGGUGUGUGUAUGUAUGUAUGCGUGUGUGAUUACUAGAGAACUACUAAAAAACCAGUUGCUUUUUAAAUUCUGUUGUGUAGUUCAAGUGUCUUGCCUUGACUGAUCUAAUAAUGAGUUGAUUAACUGGGCCUUUAUAUUUAACUAUAUAAAAAACUAAGCAGAUGUGAGUUAAAUAAAAAGUUUUCAACUUAUUGCUCAAUGUACCUGUUAACGUUAUAUUUAACAAUUGUCUGCCUAAAUUUUUUGUUUUUGACUUACAGAUAAUUUCACACAAAUAAUAAGUUCAUUUAUCAUUUUUAGGAUAAUUGAAACUUACCUCACUAAAGAAUGUUCAGUUGAACCUCUUUACAGCAUUGAUGUUAGGUGAACAGAGAUCACUUGUCUAAUAACUGAAUAUGUCUAACAUCCUAUAUCUGAAUUUUAUUGUAUUUGAGGGACAAAAUGGAAAAAAUUUUAAAUUUAAUUUUAAUUAUCAUUCCAGAAUUCUAAAAAGGCAGUCUUUUAAAACUUAAGUUGAUAAAGACUGUAAAAAUAAUUUAGCAGAAAUAAGGGGCUGGCUGCUUAGCUCAAGGGUUUGAAUCCCUGUACCAGCCAGCCACCAAAAAAAAAAAAAAAAAAAGUGAUAAUAAAAAUAAUAAUAAUUUAGCAGAAAUAGGACCAUGAUAUGGAAAAAUAGUCAUGUAAUAGCAGUCAUAACAUACUUCAGCUUUGAUACAGGAAUAGGAGUGCUAGAGCCAAAAGUAGACCUAGAUUUGUUAUUGGAAAUGAAGGGAUUUAAGGAAAAGUUAUGAGAUAAUUCAACCUUGGGUCCACUUAUAACACCUAACUUUAUACUUUGUUUGUCAUUGAGUAUUUGUUGAAUGCAUAUCAGGUAAUGAUCCUGAUUAUUAUAGCUGCAAGGUGGAACAUACUGUAGUCUCCAGAUGACAGGAAAUUAGACUAAUAAUUCACUGCAGAUAAUUGAUUAGAUGAUUAUUUUUUUAAUUAGGAGAGCAGUGAGGGCUGACCAGUUAGCUCACUUGGAUCCAAGGUCAAAGGUUUGGAUCUUUGUACUGGUCAACUGCCAAAAAAAAAAAAAAAAGAGUACAGAACUGUUAGCCUAAGUUCUUCAUAUAGUGACAAGAGUCAAUACAAUUUAAGCUGAACGUUUUGUUAGAGAUUGUAUUCAGGUGUAAUAUUUUAUUUUUGGCAAGGGCUUAAAACCUUGUUAAUCAGAUUGUGUACCACUCCAAAGUCCCCAUCUUCUGCAAAUUGAGCACAUUACUGUAUGUGUUUAGGGGUCGGUCUUCAGCUAAUGGACAUUCCACUAGUGACAGUUAACUUUAUGGCAUAUAGACAUUCAAAACGUGGGCCUUGAAUGCUCCUAUAGACCUAACAGGUCAAACUACGAAGAACCUAAGAUUCAAAUCUAAAUUUCUCCAUAUUUGCCUUGGAUUGAAUUACUUAUCUUUUGGAGAAUAGCUUUAAGUGGCUUAGAUGCUGAUAAAACUCAGCUAUUUUGUUGACACCCGUCUCUAGUUUGUUUUAUGUUUAGCCAUACUUAAAUCUAGAAUUUAAUAGAGUAUAGUGAAAAAAUUAGUGGGAAGCUUGAAUAUAAAAAGAAUAAUAUAAGGGGCUGGCUUGGAGUGUGGUGCUGAUAACGCCAUUGUCAAGGGUUCGGAUCCCCAUACCAGCCAGCUGCCAAAAAAAAAAAAAAAAAGAAUUAUAUAAGGAAAAGUAAACUACUUAGAAUAUAAUUUUAUUAUAUUCUUAACAUUUCAAAAUUUAUUAGGCUUAUUAUUGGUGUGGCUGUGUAGUUUUUAAAUGUCUAUGCAUCAUAUGAAUUAGAAGACCAUAGAACAUGACAGUGGGUUGGCUAAUGUUAUUGGGGUUUUUACCACAGUUGCCAUUGUGGAAGAAAUUAUUUAUUACAUUAAUAAAAAAAAGUUGGUAAAACAUGGCUUUAUACCUCAAUGUGUAAGAUGUGGAGGACAAAUAUGCUUUCAGAGUAUAAAUGGCAUUAUUUGCUUAUGGCACCAACAUUACUGACGACAGCAGUUGAUCAGCCUUUACAGUUAUCAAAAUAUAACAGAAUCCCAGUGAUGGUUCCUUCUUUCUUUGAACAUUAAUUAGUUUGGGACCUUGAUUGGCUAGCAAAUAUUUUAUCAUUGUUGCAAUUCAGAUUUUAAAAAUAGCCUACAGGAUUUUUAAACAUGAUUUGAUAUUUAAUUCUAAAGCUUUUUUUUUUUUUAAAGAAAAUCUCUUGAAAGAACAAAUGAGGAAUUAUAAAGUCUAGAGGCCUACCUCUGUAUUGUUGUGAAAAUAAACUUUUAUUUAGUUGACGUGGAAAGAACCUCCACCUUGUAGAAUUAAAUCUAUGCUGGAAUACUUUAAAUGGUAACUGUAUUUAGGAAAUUUUGCAUUGUAAAAUUUGUCACCAUCAAAUAAUAUGUUUACUUUCUAAUGGCUUCUUAACCCAACCAGUGUUCACCAUUCCCUCCCUCAGUCUGGCACUCAUUCUUUUCAUUCCCGGACCUUAAACUACUUCUCAAGCCUCGUGGUCUACUUGUGCUUCAGUGUUGUUGCACUGUCAGCAGCUCUGUGAUGUAUUCUGUACUGGAGUGGAGCAGAGAGGAACAGUUUAUAUCACUGCCCAUCUUUAUGCCCAACUUCCAGAAUUCCUAAGAAAUGUACACGGUCAUCACCAAAUCUGGAGAGAAACAAAAUGAGCCCUUUUCCUCUGUUAACCAGUAUUGACAAGUUAACAAACUCAGAAGAGAGAGCAAAGAUCAGAUAUAUUUUUUUAAAUUCAGCUGAGCCUUUCCCUUUAUGAUUCCUGGCUCCUUUCCUCUUAUGCUUUAGAAAAGCAUUUAGAAAAAAUAGACCUACAUCCAAACUGUGUCUUGAAGAAAAAUAUAAACUGGCUUCAGAUACAGUGGGAAAACUGUUAAGUAUCCAUUCUAUAUCAAUGCUAAUGGAAUGUUUUCUGAUGCAUAUGUUAAGCAUGAGCAAAAUAAACAACAUGGUAACUAUGCAAACAUACUAUAGCAAUGCUUUUAACAUUUUAGCGUGCCUGAGAAUCACUGGAACAAAUCCUGGAUUCCAGUCCUGCAGAUUCUGAUUCCGUUGGUCUGAAAUGUGGGCCCCAUAAUUUGCAUUUCGAAUAGCUUCAAGAUAAUGCUCAUUCUCUGUGGUCUACACUGAACAGCACUGUACUACUGCAGAAUGCAAAAGACUCAUGACUCAUCCUAGAAGAAAAUUUCACACAACUACUACAUGUUUACUGAAUGACUUAAUAAGAACACCAAUUCGGUAAAAUGGAAAUUCAGGAGAUAAACAAUGAGAUGAGAGGCAGAUUAUGUUUCUAAAAAAACAAGUUGACUUAAUUGUCCCAACGAAUCCUUUAUCAUGCAAUAUAUUAUCU